GAAAGCAACUGCACAGCUUCCUGUCAGUGUGGGUCACUCGACGGAGCAGUGUGUCCUUCAUCAGAGAGCGGGGCUGAGGCCAGUGGGCAGCCUGAACGCGGGAUCAUGUCCGUGGUUCCUCCGUUGCUGCUCUGUCUUGGGUUGUGUCUGAGCCAGAGCACUUGGGCACAGAAGGGAAAUCUCCGCCCGCCUCGUAUCACAGCUCUGCCUGGAUCCAAAGUUCCACCUAGGAGUGCUGUGACCCUCCUGUGUCAAGGACCUAAACAAGCUGAGCAGUACAGAAUAUCAAAAGUGGGAAGUCCUGAGCCCCUGGACAAAGAGGAACAGAUCACACCCGGGAAGACCAACACUUUGAGUUUCACAGAGAUUACAACAGACAAGACAGGGCUGUACCACUGCUCCUAUCAGAGAGGAGGCCGCUGGUCCCAGUUCAGUGACCCCCUGCAGCUGGUGAUGAUGGAAGCUUAUGACAAGCCCUCCCUCUCCAGCGUGGCUGGCACAGCGGUGGCUCCAGGGGAGAAUGUGAAGUUGCAGUGUUUCUCCAAAAUCGAGUAUGAUGUAUUUAUCCUCACCAAAGAAGAUGGAGAUCACAUCACCCAGAACCAAAGCUCCACCCCCCAGCACGGAGGACACCAGACCAUCUUCCUCUUGAAUCCAGUCUCCUCCACACAGGCAGGGACCUACAGAUGCUACGGUGCCUUCCUCGACUACCCCUAUGUGUGGUCUCAGCCGAGCGACCCACUGCAGCUUCAGGUAGAAGGAACCACUGACUCUCCCAGCAGCACACAGCCCAGAUGUGCAACUGCCCUGUCUGACAACCUAGCCUCCCAAGACAGACACCUGGGCAUCUGGAUCGGUGUCCCGGUGGCCGCGGGUCUCCUGCUCCUAGUCGUCCUCAUCCUCUGUCUGCGCAAAGCCAAAAACAACGCUUCGAGGAAAGAGAGACACCCAGAGGCAGCUGGCCAGGUGAAUGGACAGGCCUCUGAAGCUGCGGACCCGCAGGAGGUCACCUAUUCCCAGGUGACCUGCCGCGUCCCCCACCAGGGGACCGCUGGGACACCCUCCUGGGUGCCCAGACAGACUCAGAGUAGUGAGUAUGUGACGCUGGCCUUCAGAUAAGCCAGGCACCAGGGCCAGCACUUCAUCUGGGCAGCAGAACUCACAGCUACCUCUGGUAGCUCCCUCCUCUAGAACUGAGGUUCCAAACCUGAGAAUCAGCCUGGUUGAGGGAGCCCACAUUCCUCAGAAGAUCCUGCUACCCUCCCCCCGGAAAUUGAGAGACCCCAGUAACAUCAUCCAAUCAGUCCCAGAAUCUCUAAUUGCCCAGAAGUUCCUGAGACCCUCUGAAGUCGUCAGAAGAGCGACAGGGUAAUAUUUUGUAAGUUUUCAUUAUUCAUUAAUUAAAUGUUGAUGUUGUUCA